AUGCUUCCUAAUAAAGAUAUUUGAAACGAAAAUACAUACUUGUGUAAAAUGAAGAGGUAUUAACCAAUGCAUUGACUCUUUUAUCAGUUUAUUUGAGAGCAGAUGGAGCAGCUGAGACUUGGAGAGGGCUGAGAUCUGCCCGUGGUCCUGAAAUAGGACUUGACUCGGUCAAAUCGAUGAGGAAGGGAUCAAUUUUCAUAUUCAGUCACAGUGUUCUUGGCUGUAAGCAGUGAUACUAACUGCCUGGGGGUUCAGUCAUGAUGCAGAGGAGUGCAACUGAUUUUGGUUUAUUUCAUUUGAUGUUUGAGCCAUCAGUUGGAUAGAGUUAAAGAGUAGUGGUAGAUCACCAGCUCCGUUCAGCUGUCACUGCCGAUGAGUCUCUGAGCAAGUCACUGCAUGGGACCUAUAACCUCCUCACCCGCCUCUGGGGAUAAGCGCGUCAGCUAAAAGCGUUAAAUGUAAAUGUGAAAGCCUGUGUGAGGACUCAGAAGAAGGGAUUAAAAUCGCUGGAUGUUAAAACUGCAUUUAGACCUGAAUCCUCUCCUCCAGCUGCAUCAUGAAAAACUGCACAGAUGCAACCACACCAGCCUGCUUCAUGUCGAUCUGCAAAUGUCAUUUUCCUUUAAGAUGAUGUAAGACAUUACUUCAUGGGACGAUUCUCUCUCUCUCUCUCUCUCUCCCUCUCUCUCUCUCUCUCUGGCUUGCACAGCUUGGAGCAACAUUAGUCUACAUCUUAAAGCUUCUGCCGGACCAAACGUUUCCGCACUCAGCAGUUUGGAGAGAUGGGUGCGCACAGGAGAGUACCACUCUCAUCCUCCUCUCUCAGCAUCCCAGUUGUCAGGAGCGACGCUCCUAGUAGCAUGGAUGAUAUGGGAUGCGCGCACAUUCUUCAAUUGAUCUCGGACUGAUUGAACCAUGAAGCUGGACGCAAAACGGUGAACCUCUCCACAGAAAAACUUCAACCUACUUUUUUUUCGGAUGGUGGGGAAUUUCAAGAGUGAAGUGAGGAUUGCGUUUUGUUUUGAAGUCACAGUAAUAAUGUUUUAUCAUCGCAGCAGAUGAUGUGUGUAACAUGAGGCGCUCACUGGUUAUUAUGAUAAUCGAUUCUGUUCAUAAAAACGGAUGCACCGUGCACAUUUACGCAUGGGGUUAAAGGAUAUACUGUAGGGCACACCUUGGGAUUUGUUUUGUCAUGAGACACUGGAUGCGAGGACUGGAGCUUGUAUCGAGACUAUAUGCUUCUGAGAGUCUGAGAGCAUCAGCACCAUGCAGCUACACCCAACACCCUGAACUUCUGGUGAUCGAGACUUCGUGCAAGAUCUGAAAAAAUAAAAUCAUGGCACUGAGCGAAAACUGCAAAACGCAACCUGCAAAAGAGCAAGGCUCUGUGCAAAACCCUCCAUCGGAUGUUAUUGAGCUGAACGUGGGUGGACAGGUGUAUUACACGCGCCAUGCCACCUUGACAAGCUUUCCAAAUUCCCUACUUGGGAAGCUUUUCUCCAACAAGAAGGGCUCUUCAAAUGACUUGUCCAGGGACUUCAGAGGACGGUAUUUCAUAGACAGAGACGGCUUUCUGUUUCGGUAUGUGUUGGAUUAUCUUAGAGACAAGCAGGUUGUCCUACCUGACCACUUCCCAGAGAAAGGCAGGUUGAAAAGAGAGGCGGAAUAUUUCCAGCUGCCAGAUUUGGCCAAACUUUUGUCUUCCGAGGAUGCAAAACUAUUUCCAGACGACUUGUGCUGCAGUGAUCUGGACGAUGCAUCGCAGAGCAGCGAGCAGAGGUUUUACCAGUCCUAUUCCUUGGACAGGAGGUACGGAUACAUCACGGUGGCUUUCAGAGGAGCAUGCACAGGAGGAGGUAGAGAAAGUCAGAUUGACUCAAAGGCCAAAAAGUUACCGAGGAUCUUCAUCAGCAGCAGGAUCUGCUUGGCCAAAGAGGUGUUUGGAGACGCCCUGAGUGAUAACAGGGACUUGGACAGACCGCCGGAUCGGUACACCUGCAGGUUUUACCUGAAGUUCAGGCACCUGGAGAGAGCUUUUGACAUGCUGUCAGAGAGUGGCUUUCACAUCGUGGCCUGCAACUCGUCCCUGACUGCGUCCUCCAUCGGUCAUUACGCGGAUGACAGGGUUUGGUCCAAUUACGCACAGUACAUCUUCUACCGUGGACCCUCAAGGUGGUUGUCCUCUCACUGUGACUGCUGCUGCAAGAGCCACAAAAGUGAACGCGAAGGAGAGAGCGGCACUUCCUUUAACGAGCUCUCCACUUCCUGUUCUGAGACCCAGUCGGAGGCCAGUUCCCCUCAAGGGACCGUGAUCUGCGGCCCCGUGAGCCGGCAUCCCAAUGUCCAGACGCUGGACCGUCCCAUGCCCAAAGGACCAGUUCACAUGCUGCAGCAGGCAGAGAUGCGCCGCAAGACUGACAUGCUCCGCGUGAGGACUUUCGGGGUCCGAGACCGAGAGGCCGCGAAGAGGAAAGCCAACAAGGAUAAGAUGACUCCAGAGCAGGAGAUGGAGAAAUGCAUCCAGGACUUCCGGCGCAUUAGGAUUCCUGAUCGCUUUCCGGAGAGGAAGUACAUGUGGCAAUCGGAGCUCCUGAGAAAGUACCGUCUCUAAAUAUGAAGAAGAAGAAAGAGAUGGUGGCAUCAUGUCACCAUCAAUGAAGAGUAUUAACUGCAAAGGCAAUAGACCCCGAUGCACCCUCUAUGGCACAUACUGUAUUAGAAAAAAAAACUAUGGCCACUUUCCCGCCAGCAUGACUAGCUGAGCACACAAAGUACAAGGCAGUGUGAGUCAUUGAUUUGUAAAGUAUGCACAGUGUUGUGUAUGAUAUGCACAUUUGUAAAUCAGGUUACUCCUGUAGGGGCUUACAUCACUAACCCUGUUCUCACUUCAGAGAGCCGGUGGUGUACGAACAGCUAAUACCACUAGUUGAAGCAACAAAGCAACCUCAGGGGCAACAUCGUUUCAAUCCAUCAACCUAUCACAUACUGUAUGUGCAAUUGCCCACAAUAGCUGGUUUCUUAAAAUGGACGUACCCAUAUGGUGCUGUGAGUUAGCAAUGGAAUAUCACUACUCCACUGAUAACACAUAUACUUAUAGUAGGCUUCGAUAUCGGCACUGCAUGUCAUUUCACCCUUAGCAUAAUUAUGCAAUAUCAAACAAACUUUAAAUUCACUGUUUUGUGUGAUGGGUAAAAAUGGUGUGUUAUGACUGGGGGCUGACUUAACUGAGGAAAGCACUGCCUAGAUCUGUUUGCCAUUGUAAAACUUUUUGUCCAAUGUUGUCAUUAUGUGUUGGAUAGAUGAUGUUGUGUAGGUAGAGUAUAUAAUGCCAAUGGAUAUUUGACUAAUCCUUGAUUGUAAGUGUGCAAAAAAGCUAAUAAAUGGGUUCAAAUUGUA